CGCCUCGCCGGUCAUCUCGUCUCGGCUUCGUCUGACGCUUUCGCUGCUCUAUCCAAUUUCCUCUUCGCUUCCCCUCCCUCUCUCCGAGCUCGCCUCCCUCCACCCCCCCCCGCCUCGCCGGAGAUGCAGCAGGCGGCCGUGGCCUUCGGCCAGGCGGCCUUCCUCGCCCGCCCGCUCCGGCGCCCGCCGCACCGCCUGGGAUGGGCGGAGGCUGGUGGCGUGGCGGCCGGACGGGGGCGCGCGUCGCUCCCGCGUCCGCGGCUCUCUGCGAGCCUCUCGAUCGGCGCCGGUGGCUACGGUGAUGAGCAUGCUCCGUUGUUCCCAAGACAGCAAGCAUGGGACCCCUACAAGAUUCUUGGUGUUGAUCAUGAUGCAUCCGAAGAAGAGAUCAGGAGUGCAAGGAAUUUUCUUCUUAAGCAAUAUGCUGGGCAUGAAGAGACCGAAGAGGCUAUUGAAGGUGCUUAUGAAAAAAUAAUAAUGAAAAGCUACUCACACCGUAAGAAAUCCAAAAUUAAUCUGAAAAGCAAAAUACAAAAGCAAGUCGAGGAAUCCCCAUCAUGGUUUAAGGCAAUGCUUGGGUUCUUUGAGGUGCCAUCAGCGGAGAUUAUUUCAAGAAGACUUGCUCUUUUUGCUUUUAUUGCUGGGUGGAGCAUUGUAACGUCCGCUGAGACUGGGCCUACUUUCCAGCUUGCACUAUCACUCGUCUCAUGCAUAUAUUUCCUCAAUGAAAAGAUGAAAAAUCUUUCCAGGGCGUCUAUGACAGGGUUUGGAGUUUUUGUGGGUGGCUGGAUUGUGGGAUCUUUGCUUGUCCCAGUGAUUCCAACAUUUGCCAUCCCACCUACUUGGUCCAUCGAGCUCCUUUCUUCUCUUGUGGCUUAUGUUUUCUUGUUCUUGGGUUGUACUUUCCUCAAGUGAAAUUUCUGUUAAGAACCUGGCAACAGGGCGGCGCUAUUGCUUUUUUUUUUUGGUUCCCAAUCAAAUCGAUGCUUUUUUUCCACUCCGUAGUGAAUUCAUAGCUACCUUUAUUCCCUUCUUUUAGGUUUGUAAGAUGUAUCCCUUGUUGAGAAAACAAACAGGGAUAUCUGUGGCGAAAAAGCGAAAACCUAUGAAAAUCGGAACUAAAAGUUUUCUAAAUUAUUGAAAAAAUUACUAGAAAUAUGUGUAAGCAUGGACUACAUUCCCUUCAAAUCUCUUUGUCUAAACUCAACUUUAUUUGGAAGGAAAAGAAGACAAAAUUUUGGUGAAUAGUAGGAAGCUGGGUUUGAACUUGAGAUUUGGUGGAAAUGUAGUUCACACCUAUACUUAUCUCUAGUAAAUUUUCCAUGAAUUUAGAAAAAAAAUUCAGUUUCGGUUUUCAUUUAUUCAAUGGUUUUCAUUGGAUAUUCCUCCAAAAAUGUAAACUAGAAACCACUAUCCUGGUGGAAGCCUUGGAGUAGUUUACAAUUUUUUUUAUCUCAUAUACAAAAGGUGAUAUCGGAUAACCAUAGAAAUUUUGAAUA